AUGAAAGGAGGAACUCCAACGCCACAGACCAAACACACAGAUGGCUUGACUUCCAAAAAGGCAAAUACCUGUUUUGUGUAGCCUAAUUGUACUUAAUUCUCCUUAGAUGUCGCUGGCAAAUUUACAUAAAUUUUAAUCAUCUUUUAAGUCAGUUAUUAAUUUUAUUGGCCAUUGGAUGGCAUAUGUACGCGCAUUUUUUUAUUCCCAGUUAAGUUGCAACCUGUUGGCUAAGUUAAUAGAUUGCUCAAUCAACAAAUGUUAACAGAAUAAUUUUCAGUUUUAUUUAAAAAAAUAAUGAUUUUUAUGGUUCUUCAAUUUCUACUUAAAAUAACUGGGCACCAAGGUUAACCUCGACAAGGAGGACAACACAACAAGGAAUGGAUGGGGAAGACAUUGCAAUAUAGUUUUCGAAAUUUUCUAAAAUGAGUCUGAUCCCAAAUAGCUAUGAUUGGUUUUGAAAUAUCUUAGUAAUGACUUCUUAGUAGAGCCAGGGCUCAAAAUCAGCUUUUUUAGUUCAGUCUUUGCCAGCUACUAAUGGGAAAAAUUUGGUCGCCAGUUUAUUUAAUAUUAUAGCUCAAAAAGUGCUUUUAAGUGUUACUUUCCUUGCAAGAAAAAAAAGGUAGACGCCUAUACAAGCCAAAGGCCGAAACGACCAGAGCUUAUCCUGGUUUCCUUAGCAUGAAGCAUGCCCAGGAGUGUUGCUACUCCCCCCUGGAUGGGAUGCUAGUCCACCGCAGGAUUAUCCCCCAGCAGUAUGUCACUGCUAUCCAUUUAUACCCCUGGGUGAAGAGAGACCAACCCGGGAUCUUAGGUCUUCAAUGAAAAAUCUGCUUGCCAUACCUGCUUUUAACAUAAACAGUUAUGGCCGUUGUGCUUUUUCUGUUGCUGCGCCUCUUCUUUGGAACAAUCUUCCUGACUUGAUGACUUGACUUUCGUGUUUUUAGAUCUUAAAUUAUUUUGUCUUUAGUUUUUGUAGUUUUUUAUUGUGGUUUAAAUUUUACCGUAUUUUUUAAAUUUUUUAAACUUGUAAAUAGUGCCUUUGGACCCUGGGAAAGGGUGUGUUAUAAAUGUCUCAUUAUUAUUAUUAUCAUGGUGAGUCACUAGCACUCAAUUCUUGGUUGCAUUGGUGAGCUAGUGAGUCACAAUUUUGAGCCCUGCAAGUUAUUAGGUAAACAAAACUAUUAUGUUUAUUUUUGAUAAUGCAUAAAAGACAAAAACAACAAGCAAAAUGCAAAAUGGCAGGACUAACUUUGCAUCUAAGUAAGGAAAUUAUAUGUUAAUAGGUUCUUGUAAUUUUUCAGCCUACUGCGGAACAGAUAAGAUAUGCCCAACUUUUAAACACAGAAGAUUCCAAAGCCAUGAAAGACAAGAUCAAACAGGUGCCAUUUUUUACUUUGAACCAGUUAUAAAAUAAUAUAAUGUACUUUGAAAAGCACAGGGUUAUAUAAGUGAUUCUAAAAGCAACUUUGGUAGUUAUGUAUUUUAUAUGAAAAUGCUAAAUUGAUAGAAUAUGUGACAGAUAUUUACCCUUUUUUGCAGUAUUCGAUUUUAGAAAUUGUAUGGUUGUUUAUAUUUAGUUCUUUGCUUAACUGCAAGAAAAAUCAUUGAAGAUUGAUUUAAAAAGUGACAGUUCUGUCCUUAAUCAUAUCACAGUCAGUCAUUGAACUACUGAUAUAAUUAUUUUCUCUUACCUUUCCAAGCCCUAUAAAUAGUUGUAUUAAAAUUUUGUUGGAGUUUAUCUCUGUUUGAUUACAGACUCUUAGUACAGUUUCAUUUACCUUUUCCAACUUUAAUGCAAAGAACAUUCAAUACUUCAGCUGUUUGUUUUUUAGGUUUGUGAUGUCACGGGAUACGGUUAUGAUGAUGUAUGUGUCGCCCUGCAUGAUAACGAUUUUGACACGGAAGCGACAAUUAAUGCCUUGCUGGAAGGACGUCAAGACCAGGUUGGUUAUUUGGUAGUUUCAUAUGUGUCACAAAUAACUGAUAUAGUACUAGUGAAUCUGCAGUAAAUCCUUGUCUUAAGGAAGUGCCAUUGAAGAGACUGGGAUAAUGUCUCUAAUGUAAUGGGGGUCAUAAUAGCAAGAACUGCCAUUUUUUAAACAUUUUUUAUCUGGUGUGAAGAAUGUCAGUCAUUUUAUCUUAGUGUUUGUUAUAUAGGGGCUCCUUAUAUAUCAAGGUCUCAGUCUAAUCAAAGCUCAAAAAGACUUGAAUUUCAAUUGUCCUUGUCCUUUGCUAACAUCAACACUUACUUCUCACUUAGGGCAAAAUGUUGGCUUAGGGAGGGUAGGUGGGCAGUUUCUCCUUAGAGCUUGUGUGGGUCCUUGUCCACUUCUGUUGUCCCUAACUACCAGGCAGGACUUUCUUCAAACCCUGCUAAUCUAUCAGGCCAUCUUUAGCUUUUUUUUCUGUACACAUGUUUGCAAAUUGGGCAAAAUUUAAGUGUAAAUGAAAACAAAGUAAAGAUUUUCCUUUGUGCAAUUACUGGUUGCUUUUUUCACUACCCUGGAUUUCUUACGUUUUGCUAGAGCUACUUCUGUAGUAUAUGAGUAAGGCAAGAAAUAUGUGCCAGAGGCCCACUUCCCUAGGGGGAAGGGGGUAAUGGAGUGAGGGAAAUGGCAGCACUUUGACCAAACUUGUUGGCGACUUUUCACCAAAGAAAUAGAAAAUGUCAUGCUUUGAGCAGCCCACUGAAAUCGAAGUUGCUGUAAUGUUGUAGUAAACAUUUCAUAUCAGACAGUAAAGAAGCCAAGAAAUGUUUUAAAACUUUCUGGAAACAUUUUAAAAUGAAUAGAAAGAGAAAGAAAAGGUUUGGAAAUUUAAAGCAUUCUGCAAAAGUUAAAAAGGAUAAUAUUAUUCUUUUUUACUGUGAACUACUAAUUCUUUUACACAUUUGUUCAAGUGUGAAACAUGCAAGUUAUGUGCAACAUCGUUUUAAAAUCACUUUAUAUUUUCAAGUUUUCUCAAGGAAGAAAGUGAAAUUUAAAUUCAAAAAGAUUUUGGUCACAUGCUGGGCAAAUGGUUCUUGGCAGAUUCUGUUCAGUAGUGUAACAGUACACACACGCAGAUCGUGGAAAGUGAAAAAAAGUGUCUAGAAUGUGCCAUUUUCAUCACACAUGAAUCAGCGACAUCUACAUUUGAAAGCUGGAAAAAGACAAACAAAUAUCUCCUGAUUGAUUCUUUAAAUAUGAUCAUAACAUGCCGGGUUAUUUGCAAGAAGUGGCUAGCAAAAUUGCAGGGAACAAAUGUGUUCACUCCUGGUUCCAAGAAUUUUAAAUCAUCAGCCAUUGCUGAAAAAUGUACAAAGCAAACUUAUUCAUUAUUGACAGCCAGGAAAAAAAUAAGCCUUGACAAAAACAGCCUAGAGAUUCAGGCUAAAAGGUGUUAUUUUAUUUUCAACCCUUAGAUAGUAUGAAGUGUUGCUUCGAACGGUAAAUUUUACCAUUUACCGCUUGAGAACACUGAGUAUUUCCAAAGAACUGCAUGGCUACUUAUGUGAAAUCCUUCACUUUUUUUACGUUGAAGGUUCAUUUCCUUGUACAAGUUAUGAUAUUAUUGCUUUGUGUUAACAUUUGCUAGAGUGAAUGGGUCAUGAGAACAAAUAAAAAGAAGAAACAUCAAACGCCAGUCACACAGGCCAUUGAUUCAAUCAUUCCCACAUCAGAAACGGCUCCAUCACAGACAACUACAGCACCAUCGUCUAAACCAGGAGGACAACGGCAAAACAGAGGAAAAGGUUCUUUAAAUUUUGGCUACUGAAAUACAAUUUUUCAGCCAGACUAGUCCUCUGUUUCUUAGUAUUCUACAUCUGCUUUCAUACAUAAGUCUGGAAAGUGUUCCCUACUUCAAUUAACACAUCCUUUAAAAUUAAUGCUCAACUCCCUAUCUUAAAUUUGAAAUAAUUACCCAGCAUAGCCAAGUACUUCCCUCUUCCAAUCCUAUAUGGUGUGCAAUUAGUUUUGAAUUACAUAUGAAUCGUACAAAUUUCUAGACUCCUUAGUCACUUGCCAACCUGUUUUUCCAAUUUCCAAAAAAAAGCUGUUGAGGGUUUUUCAUCCUGGGCAUAUACAUUACUGUAAAUGAUCUAUUAAAUGCCCGGGGUGUCUAUUCAAUUUUAGGGGUCCAAGUGGGGGCAUGUAGUAGAUAGGAGGCAUUUAGAAGAGGGAGGUGUUUAUUCUCAUAACUGUAACAAGCUCAACAAAACUAAGAUGGUUUUGGCAAUAGUAUCAAGAGUGUUUAAAAAUAAUAGUGGAGUAUCCUCUCCAUCUUGGCCAUCUAGAGAUACAUAUCGCUCUUUCAAAUCCAGGGUUUUCAUUAAGAAUUCUAGGAGCUGGAGAAAGGUGUUGCAUUACACGAGAAUAUUUUGAAAGAGGCUCCAUGUCUGAAUAUAAAAUAGUCAUACUCUACGGAAUGUUUGCAGGAGAAUCAUGUGUAGUAAAUGGUGAAUUGUCCAAUCUCCAAUGCCUUAUUAACACCCCGCAAAUCCCAACAUCGAUGUCAGAAUCAUCACUCAGGGUUAUUGUGUUACCAUCAUUCGUUUUACCUUACUUUAAACUUGGUAUUGAACAAGAUGAAAUACUCAAAGCCUUGUUAAUCAAGCAAGAAGCUGAAUGAGUUGAAUGAUUUUGCCCCUGUUUGCUAAUUCCUAUUUUUGGAGUAAUUCUCAUAGGGGGCAUCUCGUUAAUUAGAGAGAGGUAUCUAAUACAAUAAAUUUUAACAGUGUAGAGGGGGUGUUUAUUUGGGAGGGGGCGUUUAUAAGAUCAUUUGCGGUAAUUGUUCUUUUUUUUGUUUUUUUUUAAUUUGUCGCUAACAUUUGUUGUUUUGUUUUGCUUCACUUAGGAAAAAAUCGACAGUCAGGGGAUCGCAAUAACAGCUCUGAGAAAGAUCAGAAGAAUGAAGGAAUAGUAAAUAACAAUGAGAGAAAUGCUGGUGAAAGUGGACGGGGAAGAGGAUCUCGUGAAGACAGAUGGAAUGAUCGGAAACCUGGUGGCAGAGGUUUGAAAUUUGUUUGUGCAUGCAAAAUGAUUUUUAUGGCUGUCUGGUAAUGUUUUACGUUUUUAAAUCUACUUUCUAUUAUUUUUCUUUUUGCAGUGAGGUAUUCAAUGAUUUUGUUUCAUUUGCGUUCUCAUUAAAGAAUUGAUAUAGAUGGUGUGUUUUAAUUUUAGGUGGACCUCCAAGGCGCAGUGGAAGAGGAGGGGGAAGACCAGGGUCAGUAUUAAUACUUCUAAAUUAUUUAGUGCAAUUUUGCAGUGUCCUCAUAGUGUGGCACUUGUGGUACUUGGCUGUUUUAUAUUGUGUUUUUUGUAUGGUGGAAUUUGUAAAAUGAAAUACUGGAAGAAUUUGCUGGCAGUACUGUUACAGUAGAAACUACACAUUACAACCUGUAGCCACCCUUUUUUAAGACAACUUGUCGUUAAAGUAGUGAUUUUUUAGUAACAUCAGUCUUUGGUCAUUGUCUUCUUAAUUGCAUAAUUUAGAGUGUCUUGGACUUAAACAGCCUUUAAUGACAAAUGCAGAACUGUAACAGCAUGCAAAGAAAGUCGUGUCCAAUAGCCUGGGGCUAGUGGAUUUUUGCUACCGGGCUAGUGAUUUUUGUUUCUUAACUCGCCCUAUGGGCAAGUGCUGUUUUUUGAGGAAAUUCAAAUUACAGAAGGAUUGUAAUCAACCCUGGCAAUCAAAAAGGGUUUUGAGGCUAGUUGAAAUGAUUUGUGGGCUAGUACAUGCUAGUACAGUUUGCCCGGAUGGCAGGCUGUAAAACUGACUUUCUUUGCACCCUGUUAGACUUUCUAGUCUUCUCAGAUAAGGAUGAAAAACCGUAUUUCCCGUCUCAGAGCACUUACACUUAUCUGGUUAUUGUGCGAUGUAAAAGAACCCAUACCAUUGUUUAAAAAGAGUAGGGGAUGUAGACCCUGGUGUUAUGGUCAACCUUCACUCAUCACAUCAUUCACAUCGUGGGGUGGGUGGGUACUGUAAGCUCACAAAUGGACUGAGAGUGGCUGCCAGUGGUGCCUUUGAAGGCUGACGUCCGAACUUACUGUUCACAUGUUAAAAUGUAUUCUAAGAGGGCACGUCUGUUGUCCUCUCAUCCAUGACUCUUCAGUCAUUCAUUCAUUGUUAUAUAAAGAUGAAAAUUUCUUAUGAUUUGGGUUUUAUUGCAAUCGGAGUCACCAUGGCAAUGUAUUGAUGCCAUAACGAUUUUUAUUUACACGUGUACAACUAGCGAAAGAAAUAAAUUUGCAUGUAGAAGAGUUCAUGCAAGAUUGCUUUCUGAAGAAAUCCGGAAUAUGCUAAUAAUUGGCUUGUGUCACAGAUACCAGUGAGAUCUGAAAUGGUGAAUGUCACAGCUCAUCAUGUAGGGUGCAAUACUGAAUUAUUAUCUUACUCAGGUCACAGCAACUCUUACAAGUCUUACAGGAACACUGUAUACUGUAUACCAUAAGUAGAGGAAAAUUUAUCCCAGCACGUAAAGUUGUGGUUCUUGCAAUGCUGCAUUUACCAUUUAGCAGCUCUGUUGAAAGCGUAUUGAAUUGCCUGAAAGCAUUAACUGUACUGUCUUAAUGUUUGCUGGAAUAAACUGUGGUUGUAUGAUAUGAAGUGAUCCUGUAUUAAGAAGCCAGUUUUUUAACUCCCCAGGGUGGUCAUUAUAUAUAGGAACCAUUGCAACUUUAAACUUGCUCAUUUUUGUGGGCCAUAAUAAUUUUAGGCGGUCAUUCCAAUCCCGUGGCCGUGAUAGACCUAACAGAUUUGGUGGAGGUAACAGAAAUGCUUCGAAUUCCACAGCAGUCAAUGGACCAGCAGUAAAUGGUAGGUUUCCUGUUUAACAUAGUGUAGAAGUCUGAAAAGGUUGUUGGGUAGGCAAAAGUGUAAGAAAGACCUGAUACUAUGUGAACUGGUGAGGUCAGAAGUUCCAAUGUUCCCUCUGCAGCUGACAAUGUCAUACUUGUUCAGUGCCUCUCUUUACAUCACACGGUGCCUGAGAAAGCCUUUUCACGCUAGGUUUAUUAUUAUGGAAUAUGAUACAGUUAUGUGUCAGGCAUUUCAAAAGUAUGCAUAAAGAAAAAUGAAGCAGAAAAAUGUAAGAAACCUUAGUUGCUAAAUAGGCCUUGUAAAGAGUCUACCAUUUUAUGAAGAUGGUUAAAAAAUCAAAUUUAUCUAAAAAUGUAGAGCAAAAGACGAUUGCUGCUCCAGUAGAUCUAGUAGCCUGCAUGGCAGGCAAUUUUUUUGGUGUGUUUUUCUUUUGUAGUUUGUAAAGUAAAGAGAUUCAGCCAUGUGAAAGCUGGAAGGAGGUCAAAGAAGGAGAAGGUGCCAGGGAAAGAAGGCAGAAUUGUCCUUGGUUGAGCUUUUGGGUGGCUGUUUAUAUAUCUUUCAUAAUACAAAUGAAAAACAUACCAAAAACAACACCAACAUUUUUUGUAUAAUAAUAAAAAUGGGGAAACAGUAUGUAGCUAGGUUACCGAAGUUGAGCCCUUGGGUUCAGUAAGAAAAUGCAAAGCAUGUUUCAAAUGGUAUUUGCAAAGCAGCUGCACCUUAUCGUGGGUAUAUCUUUUCAACUUUUAAGAUAAUAUAAUAUUUUAUCACAUGAAUUCUCUAAACAAUGUAUCCACAAGUUGCCCAUAGUUUUUACUUUAAUUUAAACUUUAAGGGCCAGUUAUUUAAAUGGCGUUUAGCGCUUGUUUAGCAAAACUGUGUUCUAAACUAUUUUGAGUUUUCCCGACGUUUUUAUUUAAACACCAUUUAUCGAGACUUAUUUUGAAAGCACUUAUUUUCUGAAAUUAACACAUUAGGUAAGAGAUCUGGAGGUCCAGUGAUUCUUAAACCGCUGCCUAAGUUAGACUUUGUUUAAAUAACUGUCUAUUGGGCAGACACAAGUUCCACCGAUUUUUGUUUUGCUUGGUGUGAGGGCUUCACUGUCAUGAUUAACUCCUGCUUGUUCAACCCCACCACAUUCUUUGCCAAGUUCAUCGUUGAUUUUAUCCAGGUGUCACCUCAUUUGCCAAGUUGUUGGUUUUCUUUUUCAGUUUUUGUUCACCAGUCAUCUUCUUUAAAGAUUAGUGUAAUUAUUAAGAUAGUUAAUAGAGCAUGAAAAUAUGGUACUCCUCUGCUUUAAGCAGUUAUUUUUUGUUGUGAUUAGGUGAAGAAAUGUGGGGGGAUGAAGACAGUACAAGCAAACAGACCGAGACGGAAGGUAAUAUCAAUGAAUAUGGCAGGUUUGCAGUCAGUGGUGAAUGCAUUGCUUACAUUCCUUGGUUUCCGAAGUAUGACAUUAUUUUUGUAAUAUUAAUACACUGUAAAAUUGGAUUGAAAAGGUACAUCAGAAGUUAUAGCACCAACAACAGAGGAGUGGGGAGCUGAGGAAUGGAGUCCUGUUAAGCAGGUAAAAUAUAAAACUAAACAGACUAUUGAGAUAUAUGUAAAAAUUGUAAAUAUUUGUUUACCAAUCAGGUAAAAACUCUCAAGAACCUGUUAACAUGUUUGUGUGUUCUAGAUUGAAUUGGAAUAUUUAUUGUCUUUAGAGGAGAGCAGAAAACUGCAGAACCCAGUGAAAACCCUCCAGGAGCAAAGGAGAGAACUAAUAAUAACUCAUCCCAUACAUGGCAUUGCAAUGGGCAUUCAAACCCCAGCAAACUUUGGUGGGAGGCCAUUGCACUCACAACUGCCACAACCUUUUCUUCUUGGAAAAAGACAUUUCACUUUCAAUUGUUAUUCAUCAAAACAUCUUGUCAUUGGGUCUGUGUGGUUAGGAUGUGCAGUUUAAAUCUCAUUAGAACAAAGUUUGUGUUCAAAUUUCCAUGCCUAGUGAGAUGUGUAAGCUAAAGGAUGCUUAUUACAAGAAUGAUCCUCGUUGUGAAGUAAUUAGAAUCAACAUAAACUUAUCAAAUGUGAAGUGAUCUGAAAGUGUCAUAACAUUCUUGUCAGGUGCAAAAGUAAUUCAGCAUUGAUGGAUAUAAUUACUACACUGAUCACUGACACUUUGCCAGGGUCUACAAUAAACAUUGCGAUACUUCUUUCAUGUGUCAGAAGGUCUAACCUGCCUUCACUGGCAUCUCAUUGGAUCUUACCAGAAGCAUAUAACCCUGAAGCAUAACUCUGUCCCAUGCUGGGGAUUUUUAGGGAACCAAUCAAAAUUUAUCUUACUCCCUAAUAUGGAAUUACUGAUAGCAAGGAUGUCGCAUGAGUGCUUAGGGAAAACUUUUAAUGUGAUGUAAAUGAUGUGCUGCAAAAAGCAAUUACUGUUUUAUGACGUAAUAUUUGUUGAAAAACGUAAUAUUAUUCCCCAUAUGACCAGUAUUGACUUCCUCCCAACAAGACGAAGUCGACUCAUGGCAUGCACCAUAAGAGAAGUGAUUUCUUGAAGUUGUCACUUCAAAAAAUGGUUUUUGGGUGACCAUUAGUGCACAUAAUCUUAAAGAAUCACUUACUAUCUAUCUAGAAUAACUAGUAACAUAUAUUUUCAAAUAAAAUUCACUAGAUAGGUUUGCAGGUAGUAGCUUGAGGAUGAUCUUUGUCAGUAAAACAGGCUGCAGAUGCAUGUUGGUGGCUGAUUUCAGCAGGAGGCUUCACAAUAUUGUGAAGAAAUGUAAACAUCCUUGUCUUACUCUGUCACUGUUUGAUGCUUUCAAGCCAUACCACUUAACUUUGGGUCUCUUUAUGUUUUCCCAGGGUUGCAUUUUAUAGCAGCGUAAUUACUUUAUCUUCUAUGCCCCAAAACAAUUUCUUUUGGUCGUAGACGUACAUGUAUACAGUGUAACAAGCUCAAAGUCUUUAGCCUUAAAUUCUCUGAUUCCAUAUUUGGGCAAAAAAAUUUCUGUGCUUCUGAGUGGAUGGCUACGUCAGCUAAAAAUCUUCAGCAUGGUUCUCAACAGAUAAGGGGAAUUUAGACACUUCGUGGUUAUAAUUAUGCUUCUGAUCUUACGUUAUGGUCAUUAAGCUGCAAGAAUCCAAGGUCUAGUGGAUUGUAAAAGAUACUAUGAAAAAGCACUUUCUCAAACAAAUAAAUUUUACUUGUUUGUUUUGCAGUCAGUGUCAUCCAGCACCAAUGAUGCAUUGUUCAGUGGCAGUACAGGUACAGAUUCCUGGCCAGUUGGUUCUGAUAGCACUGUUGUGUCAUGGGACACACAGACAGUCAAUGAUUCAACUGCUUCUACAGCACCAACCUCAGACACCAGACAAAAAGCCACUGAUAACUCAACGCACUGUCUUGAGAGGUAUUAAUGACGCUGAGUAUGAUAUAAAAAAAUUGUGUGUAUCAGGAGGGGGGAGGGGUGUUAUCCAGAGAGACUGAAGGCUGAGGUGGUCAACAGUCUCUGAGAACUGCAAAAUUCUUCAUAUCAUUGAAAAGCCAUAUGCAAUAUUCUUUUAAUAAAUUCAUACAAUAAUUUAUAUUUCAUGGUUCUUAGCAACCUCACCUCCUUGUAGACAUUCUUCAAAACAUUUGCCUGUCUAUUGGCAUGGUUUCAGAAUAUAAACAUUUUGCAGAUACUUCUCAAAAGAUGACUUCCAUCUUGCAAAAUUUUUUGUGCAUUGUUGCAUUUCUUCCAUCCAGUUUAAGUCAGAAAAUGGCUUUUUAUCUCUGGUUAGCUGUGAUUUGAAGAACUCUUUUGUCAUUUCCUUGAGUUUAUUUGUGCCAAAGAGCUAGGCUGCAGCACUGCUGCCUGGAAAUGAGGUUGCAUGUAUAUUGGGGCAGGCAAUAUACCAUGUUAUCAAUGGUAUCUUGCUCCCAUCUUCCAAAUUUGAUCAGUGCCAGCUGGUCAUGAAGAGUGAGGUGGAGGAUUAUGAUUAAAGCUAAUCAGAAACUACAAAAAAAUUUGAGUGAAUGAUGAUUGUUUCACAUGUUAUCUAGGAUGUUGUUAACUUCCUUUUCUAAGCUGUAAUUUCUAAGUGAAAAUAUUGGAUUUUUUUGUUAUUUCAAGUGAUGACAUGGCAAUAAUACAUGCCAUACCAUGUGGCCAUACAAAUCAAGCCGGUGGUAAAGAUCAGUUCUCUUCUGUCGAUUUGCCAAUGCCACGUAUCCCACUUCCGGGUGAACGACAGUCUUUACACGACCAUCAAGACUGGAUCAGCAAACUGAUGGAUAAAGUGGUUCUUUCCUCAUCAGUUGGAGUGUCCCCUAAAGAUUCUUUGACAACAAUUCAAGCUCAGCCACAGAGACAGCCACGUCCUAGCAGGACAAAGAAAACACCAAAGAGUCAGGUACUGUACAGACAGUAUUUUAGCUUGCAAUAUAAUUGAGUGAAAUAUUAUGCUUGAGCUUAUGAGAGUUUUCUGUUUUCAGAUUCCUGUUCAAGCUGUGGAGAUGCCAGGGUCUAUGAAUGACAAUCUUGAUGUACAAGUGAGUGUUUAAAAAUGCACAUUUGAGAAAAACAACCACGAUCUAUUCCCUCUAAGUGCUAACAGUGCACACUUUUUCAUAAUUGCUUUUAGACAUUAGUAAAGUUUGUUGGAAGUAAUGACUAUUUACAUUUCAUAGAAAUGGGCGAUUCCAGAAAAUAUCCAUACCAUACCAUGGACGGCUUUUAGGAUUUCUGAAGGGGAGGGGGGGUUCAUGAUUAUGGAAUUCUGAGUGCAUGGGGGGUAUUUACGAUUGGAAAUCCGAAGGCAUGGCGGAAUUCCACAGGUGGGAUUUCUGGAGUAGAAAGUGUAGAGUGAGUUCCUUGAAAACGCUAUUGUUGUGGACUUUUGUAGUUCGUAAAUAAACCACGAACGUAUGACCGCGGAAGCAGAAGACAAGCAUCGAUAGAUCAGACACGUGUUUACGUUCAUAACUUAUAGAAGUGAACAAUAAAACGUGGGUUUCACAUUAACCUUGAUGAAUUUCUUGUCACAUGAAAAAAAAAAACGGAAUAUGUAUCUUACUGCUUGCAAGUUUCUUGUUACUCCCAUCCGAUGAACAGUAAAAAAGUCGCACCAGUUCCUGGCUUCCAAGGAACGCCUGUCAGAUUAGAAAACUUUUCGUGCACACUACAUGACCUAUAAAAGGACGCAACACGCCUCGACGGUAUAUUUGACCACCAAAAGAUUUUAACAGUCUGAAUUUGAGCUAUUUUGCUUGGUAAACGUCAAAACAGCACAAGAAAACAAAGAUGAGUAAAAUUGCCGUUAGUGGUGUUUAUUUUUAUUGCCAAAUUCGGACCUAAAAAGGAGUUUGCACAGCCUGUCUACUAGCGGUAGGUUAGAGUCUGAAAGCUUGUCGCCUGGCGCCGCUAGAUCACAGCCUUGAGGAGGCAUAAAUUCAUGUUCGUUUGUUCAUAUAGGCGUUGCUAAGUUGAAAAUGUACUUCCAAAAAACGGAAAUUCUGAAGGGGAGGGGGGGGGUUCACGAUUAUGGAAUUCUGAGGGCAUGGGGGGGUAACACAUUUUGGAAUUUCCGAAGGCAAGGGGGGUAUAAAACAUGGAAGCCGUCCGUGGUUGGGUAUGGAUAUUUUCUGGAAUUGCCCAAUGGUGUUUUGUCUCCAAAAAGCCACAGUUCCACAGUUUCUUAUCCCUUGUUUCAGUCACUUUUCCUUACCUUCAGGCAAAGAUUCAACCCUUAAGUAUUUUCUUCUAUUUAUGUCUUGAACAUUAUUUUGUUGUCUCUUUAGUUUGGAAAUGUGGAAUUUGGUGGUGAUUCUGUCAGCAGUCCACGGAAAAAGGAGGUGGGUAAUGAGAAAUUAAUAAUUUGCAUCCAGCUGCAAAUAUCACUAACAGUAAGUUAGUUUAGCCUGCACUGCAGGUAUUUUCUUCUGGUGCAUGAAUAUUUCUGUUCACAUAACUGCCAUGCUAAAUUCUAAAAAAGUUGAAGAGUUAGGGCAUGCCAAAGGGGUUGGCAGGGUUCGUGCGGGUCAUGGAAAACCUGGAAAGUCAUGGAAUUUAAGAAUUUCAUUUAUCAGGUGUGGAAUUAAGUCAUGGAAUUUUUAAAUUGUUGUGUCAGCAAGUGUAGGCAACGAAAGUCUGUGUAACACGCAGGUACUAAAUGUGUUACCAAGGGAGAAUCUUUGGCUCCCCAGACUGUUAAAGAGUUUGACAAUUCAAUGCAGGCUUAUAGUUUCUGUUUUAUUCACUAAACACAGGAGUUCCCUCCUGCUCAACCAGAGAACAUAAGAGCUGAGGAACCAAGGUAAUUCAAUGUUAUUGUCAGGUAAUUACAUCCUAGGAAUAAGCAAAUGCUUCUCUGGUGAGAAAUGUUUUUUCCUGUAAGAGGGUUAAUGACAACAUCACACUAUUUCUAUUGGAAAUAACUUAUGGACUUAACCUUUAGUUCAACCAGUAGCAGUGAGUCCCCAAGCCCACCAUUGCCAUCACAGCAUACUGCGACAAGUCUUCCAUCCUCGCCAAUUGCCACUCCCAUUACCAUAGCAACCUCAACAUCAGCUGGUUCAAGUCUGACAUCAUUAGAAGAGAGUUCAUCAAGGCAUUUCCAGCAUCCAUCUCCCCGGACUCAACAGCAGUCAAUCAACAUAUCACAAGUAACAAAGGUAAUAAUAUUAUUCACAGUGAUUUUUCUCCCUCUUUUUAAAGUGCUCCAUCAUGAUAUAUUAUCUGUGUGUUAGUAUUUCCUUGGCAAAUUUAGCUAGAAUUUUUUAAGAAGCCUUAUGGCUGAUGGAUUGGGUGUCUUUCGUUUCUGUUUUUCUGUAACUAAUUGAGAUAUGUGUCAUUUUCUUGUAGCCAAUUACACCAGAGCCAAUUCCCCUGCCACCCCAGAUUGACACAAGGGAGAGUUCCGUUCCAAGCAAGUCACCUCUCUCUAGUGACCAACAGAAAUCGUCUCCCAAUCUUCAGUCAUCGACCAUUUCCUCACCAUCACUGAGUGCUGCAACAAACCAUAAUCAAGUAGGUUCUUCAUCACCAAUGAGGUCAACGUUGUCUUCAUCUUUGCAGAAGGACAUCAGCCUAGAGACAAGGCCUUACCAGGUACAUUAAAAGUAAUGAUAUCGAUGUCAAAUAUUUACAAGUAAACUGUGCUGGACAUAAUGGGGGGUAUUUUUUUUUUACUUUGGCAGCUUGAACUAAAACCAGCUUGUCAAUUUCAAGUGAAAAAAUAUUGUUUACGAUCUAAAUCUGAGUAAAUUUUUUCCUAUAAACUACAGUAUGGCAGGAAACUUAUAGGGCCAGGUAUUUAGAUGUAUUUUAGCUAGCGUUUAACCGUUUAAGCCCCAAUGGUGACCGACAUCAAUUUUCUCCUAACAAUCUCCAUACACUGUCAAGAGAUAAGGUUAUGAGAAUUAGCAAAAAUUACCAAAGAGAAAAUGCCUGGAUCUUAUAUUAAAUUCUCCCAACUAAUUCUUAAAGGAAAUGUAUGGAGAUCAGUUUGGGGAAUGUGUAUGUUGAUAUUGGGACUUAAAGGGUUAACAAAACUGCUUUCUAAGACAGCAAUUUGACCAACGGUUAAUCUAAAUACCAUUUAUUGUGAAAAGUUUUAUGAAAGCAGUUAUAGAGUAGACUACAAAAGCAUUUAUCUUCUUAAAAUAACCCACUGAGGAAGAGAUCUGGAGGUUCAAAGAUUUGUUAAACCACAGCUUAAUUUAGACUUCAUUUAAAUAACAGGCCCAUAGUUUUCAUUUCAGCUGUGAGAUAAAGCUCACCAGUAAAGAGUCAGUGUAAUGCUGGUGAAGUAAAGCAAGUGUCUGUUAAGUUACUAUUUUCCAAGUAUUGUUUUCACUUACAGAAACAUGUAACACAGGCAUCGGUACCGUCAACAAAAGACAAGCUUAGCUCCAACUCACUGAGCAGCUCCAGUGUUGCCUCUGGUGUAUCUAGAAAUGAAGGUCUGUCUUCCGUGGAACCACUUCACCCCCCUCCUGGGGUCACUGUUCCUGCUAAUAUGAAUCAAGUGACAAGCUCGUCAUCCUCUGGUUUUACCACAGUAACAAUGUCUGGCACAGGCAAACCGCUUUCUCAUACCAGUAAGUUUUUACUUUUAAAAUUUCUAGUUUUUUUGAUAAUUGUCACUCACCAAAGAGUUUGAGAAUCCAUGUUCUAGGAACAUUUCUUGUCUAUUACACAAUAGUUUGGGCCAUGGAUGGUUUUAUAAAAGUAAUGGUUUUUGCUCCUGGUGUAUCACACUAAACAAAAAUUAAGUCUUCACCGUAAGUAUAGUAUGUACUUAAAGAAUUGGGGAACAAAUAUUAAGUCUUCGCCAUAAGUCGGUAGACCUCUAAUAGCAAUACUAUAGUAAGUAGUAAUAACCAAAGGUUAUGGAGUGCAGACAACAACGAUCAAAGGUGAAAACACUUUGAACCAUCGCUGUGCUUUGCGUAAGUUCCAUGUGAUAGAUAGCCAAAACACGUGAUCAGAUUACAUGUAAUAGAAGGUCCGAACAUGCAUGAUCAAAUUGCAUUCUGUGCAUUCCAUUCAUUCUUAGUGGGAGUCUAAACAAAUGCUGCCUACAUACAUGCGACGCAUGUGUAAUAACAUCCCAGAGAUUAGGACUGCAGGCUUCUCUUGUUGCCCUCAAUUAUAUUGUAAAUAGAAAAGAAAUUUUCAUUUCUUUUUAGUAAAUUUUGCCAUAAUUCCUAUCCAAAUAAUAAUGUUGUGUUUAGUUGUUGAAAUGAUCCAUUUUUCUAGGUUGGUGUUCAUUAUGUUGAUUUUGUGGUUACUUGUUUACAGCAAAACCAUCAUUACCGCCUGGUGUGUUACCACUAAACCACUUAUAUGGCAUGCAACAAGCAGGACUUAUCCAUGCUUACGUAAGUACUAAACCCUAGUAUUAGUACAUGUCUUAUGCUUAAGUUCCUAGGCCAACAGGAGCAGGGUUGAGAAUGAACUGACACAUAUCUGUAUUUCUAUUUUGUUUUUUCUUUGCAGCCAUUACCAUAUGGCUAUGAAGACCUCCAGAGACUACCAAUGGUAAGAAUUGUUAUGUGAUGCCUUAUUACAUUGUGUAAUUGUUGUUAUUUGAUGACAUUCUUUAUAGAGCUCGCAACUGAUAGGAAAGACAAGAGCAUUACAUUAGGAUAUUAUGCUACUUGAAAUGACAGUAUGGUUUACAGUAGAAUCAGAGUAAAACUUAAAGUGAGAACCAAAAUUUUAUAUCAUAUUUCCAGCAGUAAACCAAUUUUUUUGUCGUUACUUUUGCUUUAGUCUCCAUACUAUGACAUGCCACCUUUCCAAGCAGCAGGUAGAGAUGGGCUUUCCACAACAUUUCAUGGUAAGUCUACCCUAAUGUACACUUAAUUUGUGUUAUGAAUAAGUGAGUGCUGAUGAUUGAGAAACUCUUCAAAUCCAUCUGAAUGGCAAGUUCUUUAAAAGAAAGUAAGAUUAACCAGGAAUUGAAGAAAAUGUCUUUAACCCUAGCAAGGAUUGAACUUGUGGCUUCUGAAUGAGAUCCUCCACAGCUGAAACAGGAUGAGCUUUAAGGGGAAUUGGGGGCAGGUCAUAAAAAUAUAAAAUAUAGGUGUUCAAGUUGGGAUAAUGCAAUGUACUGUGUGAAUUAAUUGUGUGAGCUGCAUAUUAUUGGUAUGAAGUCAUGCAAGUGCUGUGUAGGUUACAGGCUUAAUUUGUAGAGUUUCACCUUGCUUAGUAUAAUGUGCUCUAAGAAAAAUUUGAGGGAGUCAAAAAUCUAUCAACCUGUUUAUUCAGGGAGCCUGGGUUUUGUGUUACAGUGAUCUUUGAAUAAAAAAUUAAUCUGGAUCCCAUCUUGGUGUGUAGAGAGGUACUUAGAAUGGAUGGAAUGCAGACACUGUCAGUGCAGGGAUGAAAACUCUUUUUUGAUACAAAUUAAAUUGUCUCAUUACAUCAGAGAAAGGGUUUAAUUCUUUGUGUUCUCAACAGCCUGACUAAACUAGAAUGUUCAUAGUUGAAGGGAACUGUGUUAAUGGUGACAGUAAAAUUAAUGUCAGUAGAGCUAAAAUAAAUGUGUCAUAAUUUCUCAAUUCACUGAAACAGGAGAGCAAAAGUUUGGUAGAGCAGAUGCAUCUUCACCAGUGCCAACAUCCCUGAACCAGGCAGUGACUGUUCCGCAAGCUCAUCUCCAACAACAGGCAUUUAUUAAUGCUACUACAAUGCCUCCUUACUAUGGUGGACUGGCUUUUUACCCAGGAGCUGGGAUGAUGGCGGGUGGAUUCCCUGCCUAUACUACACCUAUGUACCAGGUACUUCAUGCAAAUUAAUUAUUUCAAGUUUACUUCUGGAAUAAACAGAACCAAAGUUAUAUGUUCCUUCUUGAUUAAGCCCUUGCAAUUUAACCUUCACUUUACUUUUGUUUAAUCUCACAUUGUUCAGAUGCCAACAAAAACCCAUGGAAAUGCUUCACAAUAUCAGUCAGCUUACACGUCUGGUCAACAUGGAUCUCACAACUUUGCUUCUGGUAAUUUACUCUGAAUUAUUGUCAAUAAAUUCAUUUAUUGUUUAUUCAUAAAUUUGUUGUCAAUAAUUUUUUUUUGUUAGAAGCACAGUUUUGAUCUUUUGUUUCUCUCUUUCUGCAGCAUAUGAUGAUUUAGGUCAAACCCAUGAUUUUGGAAAGUCUGGUUAUCACACAUCUGUUUCCCCAUCACAAAGCAAGUCUAGCGCAGGUUUGUAUUAGUCACUGUUUAUUUCUGUUGCAAAUUUAAUAUUCUGGGACAGGGACUUAAUGUAGAGGUCUUAAGUCAUGUUCCUAGCCAAACUGUUGCCAUGAAAGUAUUUUCCUUGCUGCCAGGGAUCAUUGUUAUGCUUAUUAUUUUGUUCUUUGCUAAUGAUGUGCAACGUGCUUGUCUUCCAGGUGCAUCUGUAAGUAGCACUUCAGAUCUCUCAGGACCUUCAUAUAAGCCACAAGUUGGAAAGGUAUGCAGAGUAAAUUUUGAGACCAUAGACACCAUGGGUCAUUGCCAAUUUCAUUAAUUAAAAUGAGCAGGUGAACUUUCCUUCAUCUUUUAGAGAAAUCCCUUUUUAGUAUUCAAUUGGCAAAAGGCUUUUAAAACAAUGAAAUGGAUGUAGGUUAUUUUUGUAAAAUGAUGUCACUGUGAAAGUAGCCCAUUGUUUUGAUGGCUCCCAUUAUGUUAUUGAAAAUGUUGUUGAUCUAGGGAAGGGAUUGUGUAAGCCGAUUAAAUUAUAAUGAAUAUUUAAAUCUAUUCUUUCUCUUGUUCUUAGUUCAGUGACAACAAACCAUUUAUGGGUGGGACACCUCCACCAGGCCCAGCUCUGAAUCUAUCCAUGACAGGACAGCAUGGCCCUCUGGGUAGUUACCCUCCCACAGGACACCCAUUUAUGUCAAUGAUGACCCAUGUGCAGCAGCACCCUCCACCGUCUCACUACCACCACCAUAUGGCUCAUCAUAUGGAGACUGGACAGCCAGGCACAUCACAGAGAGGGUCUCAGGGACAAGGGCCUAAACAGGGACAGAAUAAAGGGCAUCAGGGUAGUUACCAAGGAUCACCGUUUUGGUCCGGGACAAAUUAAAAUGGCAGCAGCUUCAAUGUGAUGCACUCGGCGCCCAGGAUAAAGUGCCGUGUAAUAAUUAUUGGCCUAGUGUGGUGCUGGUCUAUUCCUCCUUUACUGUGUGAAAUGUGUUCCCUAGUGAGCUUCAAGUAAUGUUAUAUCAGAACCUUUUAGGAUGUAAAUGAUGUGUACAGGCCCACUUACAACAAGCAUGUAAAUCUGUUUUGCAAUAAUUUAAUGUUUUUCUUAGGUAGCCACUGUAAGGAUUUUACAGAUUGUAAUCUUUGAAAUAAACCUGAGUAAUUUACAAUG